AUGGUCAUGGAUGGGGGAGCCUGGUGGGCUGNGUCACCGCCCCAUUGUCCCAUUUCUCUCUCCUCAGACAGCAGACAGCUCCGCCUGGUGGACGGGGGCGGUCCCUGCGCCGGGAGAGUGGAGAUCCUUGAGCAGGGCUCCUGGGGCACCAUUUGUGAUGACGGCUGGGACCUGGACGAUGCCCACGUGGUGUGCAGGCAGCUGGGCUGUGGAGAAGCCCUCAACGCCACGGGGUCUGCUCACUUUGGGGCGGGAUCAGGGCCCAUCUGGCUGGACGACCUGAACUGCACAGGAAAGGAGUCCCACGUGUGGAGGUGCCCUUCCCGAGGCUGGGGGCAGCACGACUGCAGACACAAGCAGGACGCGGGGGUCAUCUGCUCAGAGUUCCUGGCCCUCAGGAUGGUGAGUGAGGACCACCAGUGUGCUGGGUGGCUGGAAGUUUUCUACAACGGGACCUGGGGCAGUGUCUGCCACAACCCCAUGGAGGACAUCACUGUGUCCAUGAUCUGCAGACAGCUUGGCUGUGGGGACAGUGGAACCCUCAACUCUUCUCUUGCUCUUAGAGAAGGUUCUAGACCCCAGUGGGUGGAUGGAAUCCGGUGUCGGAAAACUGACACCUCUCUCUGGCAGUGUCCUUCUGACCCUUGGAAUUACACUUCAUGUUCUCCAGAGGAGGAAGCCUACAUCUCGUGUGCAGGAAGAAGACCCUUCUCAACCCCUGGUGUUAUCACCCAUCGUCCCAUUUCUCUCUGCUCAGACAGCAGACAGCUCCGCCUGGUGGACGGGGGCGGUUCCUGCGCCGGGAGAGUGGAGAUCCUUGACCAGGGCUCCUGGGGCACCAUCUGUGAUGACGGCUGGGACCUGGACGAUGCCCACGUGGUGUGUAGGCAGCUGAGCUGUGGAGAAGCCCUGGAGGCCACUGGCUCUUCUUACUUCGGGGCGGGAUCAGGGCCCAUCUGGCUGGAUGAAGUGAGCUGCAGAGGAGAGGAGUCCCAAGUGUGGAGGUGCCCUUCCUGGGGAUGGCAGCAACACAACUGCAAUCAUCAAGAAGAUGCGGGAGUCAUCUGCUCAGGAUUUGUGCAUCUGGCUGGAGGGGAUGGACCCUGCUCAGGGAGAGUAGAAGUGUAUUCUGGAGAAGCCUGGACCCCAGUGUCUGAUGGGAACUUCACACUCCCCACUGCCCAGGUCAUCUGUGCAGAGCUGGGGUGUGGCAAGGCUGUGUCUGUCCUGGGACACGAGCCCAUCAGAGAAUCUGAUGGCCGGGUCUGGGCUGAAGAGUUCAGGUGUCAGGGGGAGGAGCCUAAGCUCUGGUCCUGCCCCAGAGUGCCCUGUCCAGGGGGCGUGUGCCACCAUAGUGGAGCUGCUCAGGUUGUCUGUUCAGUGUACACAGAAGUCCAGCUUAUGAAAAAUGGUACCUCUCAGUGUGAGGGGAGGGUGGAGAUGAAUAUUUCUGGACAAUGGAGAGCUCUCUGUGCCUCCCACUGGAGUCUGGCCAAUGCCAAUGUUGUCUGUCGUCAGCUCAGCUGUGGCAUCGCCAUCUCCACCCCAAAUGGAGCAGAAGGAAGUGAUCAACUCUGGAAAGCCCGAUUCCACUGCUCAGGGACUGAGUCCUUCCUGUGGCAAUGCCCUGUGACUGCCCUGGGUGUUCCUGACUGUUCCCAUGGCAACACAGCCUCUGUGAUCUGCUCAGGAAACCAGACCCAGGUGCUGCCCCAGUGCAAUGACUCCGUGUCUGAACCAGCAGGGUCUGCAGCCUCAGAGGAGAGCGUCCCCUACUGCUCAGACAGCAGACAGCUCCGCCUGGUGGACGGGGGUGGUCCCUGCGCCGGGAGAGUGGAGAUCCUGGACCAGGGCUCCUGGGGCACCAUCUGUGAUGACGGCUGGGACUUGGACGAUGCCCACGUGGUGUGCAGGCAGCUGGGCUGUGGAGAAGCCCUCAAUGCCACGGGGUCUGCUCACUUCGGGGCAGGGUCAGGGCCCAUCUGGCUGGACGACCUGAACUGCUCUGGAAAUGAGUCCCACGUGUGGAGGUGCCCUUCCCGGGGCUGGGGGCGGCACUACUGCAGACACAAGGAGGACGCGGGGGUCAUCUGCUCAGAGUUCCUGGCCCUCAGGAUGGUCAGCGAGGACCAGGAGUGUGCUGGGUGGCUGGAAGUUUUCUACAACGGGACCUGGGGCAGUGUCUGCCGCAGCCCCAUGGACGACAUCACCGUGUCCAUCAUCUGCAGUCAGCUUGGCUGUGGGGACAGUGGAAGUCUCAACACUUCUGUUGGUCUCAGGGAAGGUUCUAGACCCCGGUGGGUAGAUUUAAUCCAAUGUCGGAAAACUGAUACCUCUCUCUGGCAGUGUCCUUCUGGCCCAUGGAAAUACAGUUCAUGCUCUCCAAAGGAGGAAGCCUACAUCUCAUGUGCAGGAAGAAGACCCAAGAGCUGCCCAGCUGCUGCCCCCUGCACAGGUACGUCAGCCCCGCCCCCUCCCCAGGGCCGCAGGGGCUCCUUCCUCCCACCAGGGGAGUCACAGGAGGGGCUGCUGCCUUUUUGGUGUAAGGAAAACAGUGCCCCCGACUGCAGCAGUGAGGUGCGGGUCCCAGGACUGUUGGACGCUCUGUCUCCUGAAGCCCAAGGAGAAGAGAUGAGCCGGGUCCUCAGAGGCUGUCCCGGCAGGCAGCUCCCUGACAACCCCUGGCUCUGCCUCGAGGCCACACUGGCCGGAGUGGAGUUGACUCAUCUCAAGAUGAGACCUGGGGGAGCCAGGUCACUGUCAGUGCACUUGUGUCUGAGGCUGAACGCCAUCGUCUGGAGCCCCUGGUCCAGACCAGUUUCAAGUCCUCUCCCUGGCAUCUUCUCCCUGCCUGGGGUCCUCUGCCUCAUCCUGGGGGCCCUUCUCUUCCUGGUCCUCAUCAUCCUGGUGACUCAGGUGCUCAGAUGGAGAGCAGAGCGCAGAGCCUUAUCCAGCUAUGAAGAUGCUUUUGCUGAAGCUGUGUAUGAGGAGCUCGAUUACCUUGUGACUCAGAAGGAGGGUGUUCUGGGUAGCCCAGAAGCCCCAGAUCAGAAGACCUAUGCCCUUGGUGAGGAUUAUGAUGAUGCUGAAGAGGUACCAGUACCUGGGGCUCCUCCUGCCUCUCAGGGGAGUGAGGAGGAAGUGCUCCCAAAGAAGGAAGAUGGGAUGACGUCUCAGACAGGCUCUUCUCUAAAUGUCUCUAGAGAGGAAGCUGAUCCUGGGGAAGGAGAAGAGAGGCCCUGGCUGCUCCAGGGGGAGACUGGGGACCCCGGGGUCAGGAUGGCUCUGAGCCAACACCUCUCCCUCCAGGGGCUCUGUGUCCUCCUCCUCGGCACCAUGGUGGGUGGUCAAGCUCUGGAGCUGAGGCUGAAGGAUGGAGCCCAUCACUGUGAGGGGAGAGUGGAAGCGAAGUAUCAAGGAGAAUGGGGCUCGGCAUAUACUGAGUAUUGGCACCUGAUAUCUGCAGAUAUGUUGUGCAGACACCUGGAAUGUGGACCUGCUGUUGAUGCUCCCAGAGGGUCUUAUUUUGGACCACGAGUUGGUCCCAUUUGGCAUUUCUAUUAUUUCUGCAACAUUACAGAAGCAGAAUUAUCUUUGGCGAUCAAUAAAUGUGUUCAAUCUGAUUUUAAAAACUAUAAUGAUACCUUCUCUCAUGAUGAGGAUGUUGGAGCAGUCUGUUCAGGAUUUGUGCAUCUGGCUAGAGGGGAUGGACCCUGCUCAGGGCAAGUUGAAGUACGUUCUGGAGAAGACUGGAUCCCAGUGUCUGAUGGGAACUUCACACUUUCCAAUGCUCAGGUCAUCUGUGCAGAGCUGGGAUGUGGCAAGGCUGUGUCUGUCCUCGGACAUAUGCCCUUUACAGAGUCAGAUGGCCGGGUCUGGGCUGAAGAGUUCGGGUGUGAGGGGGAGGAGCCUGAGCUCUGGGUCUGCCCCAGAGUGCCCUGUCCAGGGGGCACGUGCCACCACAGUGGAGCUGUUCAGGUUGUCUGUUCAGCAUACACAGAAGUUCGGCUCAUGACAAACAGCUCCUCUCAGUGUGAGGGGCAGGUGGAGAUGAAUAUUUCUGGACGAUGGAGAGCGCUCUGUGCCUCCCACUGGAGUCUGGCCAAUGCCAAUGUUGUCUGUCGUCAGCUUGGCUGUGGAUUCGCCAUCUCCACCCCAGAAGGAGCAGAAGGAAAUGAUCAGCUCUGGAAAGCCCGAUUUCACUGCUGGGGGGAUGAGUCCUUCCUGUGGGAGUGCGCUGUGACUGCCCUGGGUGAUCCUGACUGUUCCCAUGGCAACACAGCCUCUGUGAUCUGCUCAGGAAACCAGACCCAGGUGCUGCCCCAGUGCGACUCCAUGUCCGAACCAGCAGACUCUGCAUCCUCAGAGGAGAGCGCCCCCUACUGCUCAGACAGCAGACAGCUCCGCCUGGUGGACGGGGGCGGUCCCUGCGCCGGAAGAGUGGAGAUCCUGGACCAGGGCUCCUGGGGCACCAUCUGUGAUGACAGCUGGGACCUGGACGAUGCCCACGUGGUGUGCAGGCAGCUGGGCUGUGGAGAAGCCCUCAACGCCACGAGGUCUGCUCACUUUGGGGCGGGAUCAGGGCGCAUUUGGCUGGACGACCUGAACUGCACAGGAAAGGAGUCCCACGUGUGGAGGUGCCCUUCCCAAGGCUGGGGUCGUCAUGACUGCAGACACAAGGAGGACGCGGGGGUCGUCUGCUCAGAGUUCCUGGCCCUCAGGAUGGUGAGCGAGGACCAGCAGUGUGCUGGGUGGCUGGAAGUUUUCUACAACGGGACCUGGGGCAGUGUCUGCCGCAGCCCCAUGGAUGACAUUACCGUGUCCAUCAUCUGCAGACAGCUUGGCUGUGGGGACAGUGGAAGUCUCAACACUUCUGUUGGUCUCAGGGAAGGUUCUAGACCCCGGUGGGUAGAUGGAAUCCAGUGUCGGAAAACUGACACCUCUCUCUGGCAGUGUCCUUCUGAUCCUUGGAAAUACAGUUCAUGCUCUCCAAAGGAUGAAGCCUACAUCUCGUGUGGAGGAAGAAGACCCAAGAGCUGUCCAGCUGCUGCCCCCUGCACAGACAGAGAGAAGCUCCGGCUCAGGGGAGGAGACAGCGAGUGCUCAGGGCGGGUGGAGGUCUGGCACAGCGGCUCCUGGGGCACCGUGUGCGAUGACUCCUGGAGCCUGGCAGAGGCCGAGGUGGUGUGUCAGCAGCUGGGCUGUGGCCCGGCCCUGGAAGCCGUGCGGGCCGCGGCGUUUGGCCCUGGAAACGGGAGCAUCUGGCUGGACGAGGUGCGGUGCGGGGGCCGGGAGUCCUCCCUGUGGGAGUGUGCCGCGGGGCCCUGGGGGCAGAGCGACUGCAAGCACGAGGAGGACGCCGGGGUGAGGUGCUCUGGGGUUCCUUUGGACUUAUGACCCUCCUAAAACCCUAUGGUCCACUUUGACUCAUCUCCAGCCCCUGGCAUCCUCUCCCUUCCCAUGAUCAUCUGCAUCAUCCUCGGAGCCCUUCUCUUCAUGAUCCUCAUCAUUCUGGGGAUUCAACUACACAGAUGGAGAGCAGAGCGCCAAGAGUUAUCUGAUUUUGAAGAUGCUGUUGAUGAAGCUGUGUACCAGGAGAUUGAUGACAUCAUAAACCCAGGGAAGAAGGACCUGUUAGACAGCCAAGAUCCUCUGAGACAGCAUAUCAACACCACAGGAAAUGGUUAUGAUGAUGUUGAUGAGUUACCUGUUCCUGUAAAUCCGUUAUUCCCUGGGAUGAAUGAGAAUAACAUUUCCCCAGAGGACAGAGGUGGUGCCAGUUAUUCCCAGACAAGCAUCUCUCUGAAGUCUCUGAGAGAAACUGUCGACUCUGGGGUGGAAGAGAAGGAGUCCUCAUUGGUCCUGAGACAAGAAGAGCAUGGAUCUGAUGAUGUUGAGCUUAGCACCAUGUAGUGCCAUUUUUGA